UGCACAUGGCUUACUAAGCCUGCUCUCAGGCUUCCAUUUUCAUCUUCCUCUUCCCCUUUCUCUCUCUCUCACUAGUCACUCCCUCUGCAAACUGAUCACCAUGGAAGUUGUUGGAGAGGUUGUUCUUUCUGUGUCCCUUGAACUCUUGUUCAGCAAACUGGCCUCCUCUGAUUUGUGGAAGUACGCACGCCAAAAGCAAGUCCACACCGAGCUCAAGAAAUGGAAGACAAGACUGUUGGAGAUUCGGGAAGUGCUCGACGAUGCUGAGGACAAGCAGAUGACUAAGCAGCACGUGAAAGCAUGGCUCGCACAUCUCAGGGAUUUGGCUUAUGAUGUGGAGGACGUCUUGGACGAGUUUGGCUACCAAGUGAUGAGAAGAAAGUUGGUGGCAGAGGGUGAUGCGGCCAGCACAAGCAAGGUACGCAAAUUCAUCCCUACUUGUUGUACUACUUUCACUCCAAUUCAGGCUAUGCGGAAUGUUAAGCUGGGGUCCAAGAUAGAGGACAUCACUCGCCGAUUAGAAGAAAUUUCAGCUCAGAAGGCUGAGCUCGGUUUGGAAAAGCUCAAAGUGCAGAUCGGAGGCACCAGAGCAGCUACUCAAAGCCCAACCCCUCCACCACCUUUGGUAUUCAAACCUGGGGUAUACGGCAGGGAUGAAGAUAAAACCAAGAUACUAGCCAUGCUUAAUGAUGAAUCCCUCGGUGGCAAUCUGUCUGUAGUCUCGAUCGUGGCCAUGGGUGGGAUGGGAAAAACUACGCUGGCAGGUCUAGUGUACGAUGAUGAGGAGACAUCCAAACAUUUUGCUUUAAAAGCUUGGGUUUGUGUGUCUGAUCAAUUUCAUGUGGAGACCAUAACCAGGGCAGUUUUACGGGACAUUGCUCCAGGCAACAAUGAUUCGCCGGACUUUCAUCAAAUUCAACGCAAACUGAGGGACGAAACCAAGGGAAAAAGAUUUUUGAUUGUUCUUGACGAUUUGUGGAAUGAGAAAUAUGAUCAAUGGGACAGCCUACGCUCCCCUCUCUUGGAGGGAGCACCGGGAAGCAAGAUCCUCGUCACCACUCGUAAUAAAAAUGUUGCAACUAUGAUGGGAGGAGAUAAAAACUUUUAUGAGCUAAAACAUUUGUCUGACAAUGAUUGUUGGGAGUUGUUUAAAAAACAUGCUUUUGAAAACAGAAAUACCAAGGAGCAUCCGGACUUGGCAUUGAUAGGAAGGGAAAUUGUAAAGAAGUGUGGAGGCCUGCCCUUGGCAGCAAAAGCACUUGGUGGUCUUCUGCGCCAUGAACACAGAGAAGAUAAGUGGAAUAUUAUACUAGCUAGCAAAAUAUGGAAUUUACCUAGUGAUAAGUGUGGUAUUCUUCCUGCGUUGAGAUUGAGCUACAAUCAUCUCCCUUCACAUUUAAAAAGGUGUUUCGCUUAUUGCACAUUAUUUCCCCAAGAUUAUGAGUUUAAGAAGGAAGAGGUAAUCCUCUUGUGGAUGGCGGAGGGGUUAAUUCAACAAUCAAAUGAGGAUGAGAAAAUGGAAGAUCUUGGUGAUGAUUAUUUUUGUGAACUGUUGUCAAGGUCAUUUUUCCAAUCGUCGAGCAGCAAUAAAUCACGAUUCGUUAUGCAUGAUCUUAUUAACGAUCUAGCUAAUUCUAUUGCUGGAGACACAUGCUUGCAUUUGGAUGAUGAGUUGUGGAAUGAUUUGCAAUGCCCCAUUUCUGAAAAUACCCGUCAUUCAUCAUUCAUCCGUCAUUUUUGUGAUAUCUUUAAAAAUUUUGAAAGGUUUCAUAAGAAAGAGCGCUUGCGCACAUUCAUAGCUUUGCCGAUUGAUGUACCAACUAGCGGACUUCCUUCCUUCAUAAGUAAUAAGGUGCUUGAAGAAUUGAUACCAAGGUUAGGGCACUUAAGGGUGAUCUCAUUGGCUCAUUACAUGAUAAGUGAGAUACCGGAUUCAUUUGGUAAGUUGAAACAUUUGAGAUACCUUAAUUUGUCCUACACCAGUAUAAAAUGGUUACCGGAUUCAAUUGGUAAUCUUUUUUACCUUCAGACAUUGAAAUUAUCAUGCUGUAAAGAGCUUAUCAGGUUGCCUAUUAGCAUCGGUAACCUAAUCAAUCUUCGACAUCUUGAUGUUGCUGGUGCAAUAAAAUUACAAGAAAUGCCUAUACAAAUUGGCAAACUAAAAGAUUUGCGGAUAUUGUCUAAUUUCAUUGUGGACAAAAACAACGGUUUGACAAUCAAGGAGUUGAAGGACAUGUCACAUCUGCGAAGAGAACUUUGCAUUUCGAAAUUGGAAAAUGUGGUGAAUAUUCAAGAUGCAAGGGAUGCCGCUUUAAAAUUGAAGCGUAACCUUGAAAGCUUGAUAAUGCAGUGGAGUUCUGAGCUGGAUGGUUCAGGGAAUGAAAGGAAUCAAAUGGAUGUCCUUGACUCUCUACAACCUUGUUUGAAUCUGAACAAACUCUGCAUUCAGUUGUAUGGUGGUCCAAAAUUCCCACGUUGGAUAGGGGAUGCCUUGUUCUCUAAGAUGGUGGAUCUAAGUCUCAUAGAUUGUAGAGAGUGCACGUCUUUACCAUGCUUGGGGCAGUUGCCAUCGCUCAAACAGUUGAGGAUCCAAGGAAUGGAUGGAGUAAAAAAAGUGGGUGCAGAGUUUUAUGGAGAGACUCGUGUUUCUGCAGGUAAGUUUUUCCCAUCACUAGAGUAGACAUUUUAAUAGCAUGUCAGAAUGGGAGCACUGGGAGGAUUGGUCUUCCUCAACAGAGUCAUUAUUCCCUUGUCUCCAUGAGCUUACAAUUCAGUAUUGCCCCAAAUUGAUUAUGAAACUACCCACUUACCUACCUUCUCUUACAGAGCUCUCUGUUCACUUUUGUCCAAAAUUGGAGUCUCCACUUUCAAGACUUCCACUGCUGAAGGAAUUAUAUGUAGGAGAAUGUAAUGAGGCGGUCUUGAGCAGUGGAAAUGACCUCACCUCACUCACCAAGUUAACAAUUUCUGGGAUUUCAGGGCUUAUCAAAUUGCAUGAAGGAUUUGUGCAAUUUUUGCAAGGGCUUCGGGUUUUGAAAGUAUGGGAAUGCGAAGAACUCGAAUAUUUGUGGGAGGAUGGUUUUGGAUCGGAAAACUCUCAUUCUCUUGAGAUUAGAGAUUGUGAUCAACUUGUAUCCUUGGGAUGCAAUCUUCAGUCUUUGCAAAUAGAUAGAUGUGAUAAACUAGAGAGGCUUCCAAAUGGAUGGCAGAGUCUAACAUGCCUUGAAGAAUUGACAAUCAGGAAUUGUCCAAAGCUAGCGUCAUUUCCCGAUGUAGGUUUCCCGCCAAUGCUGAGAAAUCUUAUUCUUGAUAAUUGGCAUGAUGUUGAAGAUGAGGAACGACAGUACUGACAGCAACAACUUGUGUCUCCUUGAAGAGCUAGUGAUAUACAGGUGUCCAUCUCUCAUUUGCUUUCCAAAAGGGCAAUUACCCACCACCCUUAAGAGUCUAAGCAUAUCGUGUUGUGAAAAUCUCAAGUCUCUUCCAGAAGGAAUGAUGGGCAUGUGUGCCCUUGAAUACUUAUCUAUAGGGGGGUGUCCGUCUCUUAUUGGAUUACCGAAAGGUGGGCUACCCGCCACUCUCAAGGAACUCAGAAUAUGGAGUUGUGGAAGGCUAGAGUCUCUACCAGAGGGAAUAAUGCACUACGAUUCCACAUAUGCUGCUGCUCUCCAAGCCUUGGUAAUCUUUAAAUGUCCAUCUCUCACAUCCUUCCCAAGAGGCAAGUUUCCAUCCACCCUUGAGCGACUUCACAUUGGGGAUUGUGAACACCUCGAGUCAAUUUCAGAGGAGAUGUUUCACUCUACUAAUAAUUCACUUCAAUCUUUAAUCCUCGGGAGGUAUCCUAAUCUCAAAACCCUACCAGAUUGCCUCAACACCCUCACAGAUCUACGUAUUGUAGAUUUUGAAAAUCUGGAAUUGUUGCUUCCUCAGAUAAAAAAGCUCACUCGUCUUACAUCGCUUUUCAUUCGUAAUUGUGAGAAUAUCAAGACCCCCCUAUCCCAAUGGGGCCUUUCCAGACUCACCUCUCUUAAACUCCUCUGGAUUGGUGGCAUGUUUCCAGAUGCAACUUCCUUUUCGGAUGACCCCCACUCGAUUCUUUUUCCUACAACUCUCACCUCCCUUACCCUUUCACAAUUCCAGAAUCUGGAAUCCCUAGCCUCCCUGUCUCUCCAAACCCUCACCUCUCUUGAACAGCUAGAAAUCCAAAGUUGCCCUAAGCUCCGGUCAAUUUUGCCAAGGGAAGGACUAUUGCCUGACACCCUUUCACGACUGUAUGUGUGGCUUUGCCCACAUCUAACACAAAGGUACUCGAAGGAGGAAGGAGAUGAUUGGCCCAAGAUUGCCCACAUUCCCCGUGUGCAGAUACUUUGACUAAUCCAUCUGAGUAAUAAACAAGUGUUCAUUGUAAGUAAUCAAGAUGAGCAUAGAAGAUUUUUUAUGACAAACAAAGUUUCGAUUAUGACCAUGGAAGAAACAUGUAAGCUUGCAGUGAUUGGGCGUCCAUGUAAAAUGUGCUCUAACCAAGUGAACUUCUUCAAAAGGAAGUGGACUAUGAAGAAAGGAUAGAUUGUUUAGACUUUGCCUGUGGAGGAAGGGAGAUUCCUGGGUGCUCAACACUUUAUGCUCAUUGCUCUGUUCAAGAAGAAUAAGAAACUCAGAGGUUGCACCUCCUAUUUGACAUCUUGUUGGAGCAGCAAUGUCAAAGAAGAUGUACAUUAUACAAAUAUUUGAAGAGAAGUAUCUAAAUCUGGAAACUACUAGUGUGUCUACAACCUCAGAAUUCCUCACUUAAGAAAAUGUGGAUCUCAAGUCCUACCUCAUCAGAUUUAGAGUCUCACAUCUCUUUGACAGCUUUGUGUUGCACAAUGUCCAAGUUCAGGUUUCCUUUGAGGAAACAAUUUCACGAAUACACUUGCAAGGGUAUUAAAACCCCUUAUCUUUGUGGAGCCUCCAAAGAUUCACCUCUCUAAAAACUCAGUUCAUUCAUUUUAUAUUGUACAUUGUUAAAUGCAAUUUCCUUUUGACAGGAUUUCUUGCUACAACUCUCAUUGAUUUUUCAAUGAAAAUAUUGUCAAAUCUAGAAUCCUAGCCCCCUCCCUUGGUCUUCAAAACUUCAUUUCUUUAACUUGUAGAGAUUGAGGGAUGCCUUGUUCUAGUCCUCCUUGCCAAGUGAAAGGUUGUCUUCUAAGUUUUAUCAAACUUCGAAAUCAAAGAUGUUUCAAGGAGAAUGAUAGAGAUUGGCCCCAGAUUUCCUGCUUCCCCUAAAAUGAGGAUACAUCAUAAACUCAUUUUUGAACCAUAAUAAAUUCAAAUUGCAAAAAUAGGUGCAGAGCCAAUUCAACCCUAUCCUAGCCUUACAUCCAUUAAGGUAACUCUUAUUCUCAAUACACAUUUCUUACUCUUUUAUCUGCAUAGUACCUUGUAAAUUUCUCAUAUUGAUGUUGUGUUUUACCAGUGGCUCAACAAUUUGUGGAAGUCUCCAUGGAGUUAUGUUGAUAGUUUGACUAGGAAGAAAGUUAUCAGUACAAUAGUUACAAACUUAUGGGGGAGUAUUUUGUUUCUUAUCGAUCUCUCUCAUGGUCAAUUUUCUACAACACACCACGUUCUUAUGUCUCUUGGAAAGUUAAGAACCUUGUUUAAAAUAUGGUAUGCCUUCCAUGCUAAGAAGUCUUUUGCUCCGUGAUUGUGGUGGCUCGAAUAGGAACUUGCAUCUGUUUUGAUACAUGGAGAACUCAAGAGAACAUAUGGAUUCAUUAGCAAGAAUUUUAUCCAACAUACAAGCUUUUAGAUUUGAAUAAUGUUUGAGGUGAAAGAGACUUUUUGGCAUGUCCUGCUGUCUUGAGUUGUGCAAGUCAGAGGCUCGAAGAGCACAAACUCUUAUGACCGGAAGAAAGACGUUUGAGUUCUCAUUCUAUGUUGGAGAUUGGAGAUGAGAUUACAACAUGAUCUCAUGUCCUUGGCAAUUUGUAGAUUGAGGGUUUUCAAAAGGCUUUGCCCCAAUACCAGUAAAAGAAGAACUGCCACGGAAGCAACUAACAUUGGUACCUUGUAUCUCAAGUUUCAUAGAGAGUUGAUAAUUGAAUUGGUGCCCAAUCUUUUUCCCAAGAUAGGUGCGUUAUCCAUGCCAAGUGGAUGCCCUAUUCAAAUUAUAGGGCUUUGGAUUCCUUAAUGAUUGGAAUGAUCUCUGGAAUUCUUGCAUAUUUCUAAAUGUCAUGGAACAUCUUUCCAACAGGCUAACUUCCUUCAGUGCUCUAAAUUGUGGAGAUCACGAGUUGCUAAAAUUUGUGGUCUGCAUUAGAGAAGGAUUGUUUGAUGCUCUCAGUACUAGCUACAUCUCUUGUCCUUGCAACUAAAUAUCUUUUAAUCCCCUCUGGUGAGAAAAGAAUAAAAAACAUAAACAAGUUGCCUCAUGAUGACUCAUAUUCAUAAUGUUCUGGUUGAUGAUGUACCUUCCUAAGAUUGAAGAGUGAGAAAUGUCAAAGACAUCCCUUAUAUGAGUGAGGCCUUCAUAGACUCAUGAUUCUCAAACAACUCAUCAUGAUUGAUAGUAUAUUUAAGAUGUGUUUCUUCUCAAAUGACCAAGGCCUGCCCUUUCUUCCAAUGUAUCUCAUGUAUAUUUUCAUGUAAAGAUUCCAGAAUCCCUAACUUUUCUAUAUCACCAAGACCUCACCUAAGCUCUAGUUGUAUUUGUCAACUGAAGGAGAACCCUGUCAUGGUUUUAGAGCUAUACAUCAGUUCCAAAUCCAAUGAUGAGACAUCAAUUCAAGAUUGCCCACUUCUCCUAUUUGGAAAUAGAUGGAGAGAUCCAUCUUUGAUCCAUUAGAUUCCAAAAAUGGAAGCACAGAGAGUGCACCCUAUCCUAUCCAUAUAUUUAGUAAGUUUCAUUUAUUCCCAACACAUAAUUCUUACAUUUUAUCUUCUUAUUACAAGUAUAAAGUCAUACUGUUGAAAUUUUCUACAAGUUCAACUACUAGAGAAUCCCUACAUUGAACCUUUUUGUUGAAAACUUGACUAGGGAGCAACGUCUUGACAGCAGUUACAAGCUUUAUGGCUUCACAUUUGCUAUUCAAAGGUUGUUCCUCUUGUUGGUCCUCCCACAGUCCCAUGUGUAGUAACGUGCCAAUUGGAUAUCUAGAAGUUAUAUGGUUUAAUGAAUUAGAAGCUACCAAGUGGGUGCACAACUUCAAGCCUUUUCGAUAGCUAAUAAUUGAUGGUUGCAUGCCCAAGACACCUCUUUCCUAUGGAUAGGUUUUUCAUUCAAGGUAAGAAGGCUGACAGUUCAAAAUUGUAUAUAGGGCUUUGGGGUUCCCCAGUAUCAGUGGAGGAAGACAAUCUACCACAAAAACAACUAGCAGUUUUGAUUGAAUUGGUGUCUCAAGUCUUCCAAAGAACUCAGAAUUGAGUUGGUGCUCAAGACAGUUUACUUCCGCAAGAUUGAAUUGGGGAUUCUUUCGAUGAUGGGUUGUCCAAAUUCACUUUCAGCAUAACUCCUAGUUCAUUCAGGUGUAGUGAUAUUGGUAGUUGGAUAUCUACAAUUCAUAUGGUGCAAUCUAUACGAAACCACCAUGAGGGUGCACAAUCUCGAGUCUAUUAGAGAGACGGUUGCAUAUGCACAGGACACAUCUCUUUUCCAGGGAUAGAUUUGUAUACAUCUUUUGGAGUUACUAUUGAUUGGAAUGAUUCAAAAGUAGCAACAAGCCUCUGGAAUUCUUUCAGAUUUCUAGAUGCUCCCUUUCCAUGUCUUUCCAAGAAGCCAACUUCCUGCAAUCCUAAUGAAGGUGAAGAUUUUGAGUUGCUCAAAUGUGGAGUUCAGACUAAAUGAAUGUUGUCAAAUGCAAAAGAAGAACAUCAUGUCUUUUGAAUAUCGGUGGUGGAGAAGGGGAUAAUGCACCACAACACAUUUCUUGUACAUCUUACAAUGAUGCUCUCUCACAAUGAUCAAAAGAACAUAGUCAAAACUAAGCAAUGAUAUGGUUUUGCCUCAAGGAGGAAGGAGAGGGAGCAGAGAGGACGCAAUCCAAUGGAAAGAUGCAUCAAAUUGCUGUCUUGACAAGGGGAUGAAGAGAAGGAGAACACAAGAUGCUGCUUAUUGGUAAUAUGAAGUCCUCAUGAAGACAAAUUGUUUGGCUUGACCAAGAGAGGAAGAAAUAGAAAAUAGAACCUAAGGUUCAUCAGAGGACAUUGGUGUGACAAUUCACCCAUGUAAAUUUGGACAAGUAGCUCCAUUGAAAAAUGUUCACAUGACAUGCCCAUCAGUGCUACACUUCUGUAAUUUCCUUAAACUAUCAUGCCACAAACUGUGUGGAUCAAUACACUAUGCUAUCAUAAUAGUAAUCCAUAUCUGUUUCCCAA